AUGGAUUAUCUUGAGCAGGAAAAUCGGGUACUUCGUGAAGAAAUGACAGCCAUGCAGACUAAGAUGGACGAGAUGGCUGAAUUAAUAAAAACAAUGGCGGAAGCUCAGACUCAAGCUCAAGUACAGAUUCAAGCACCAGCGCAAGCAUUGGCACAAGCACAAACUCAAGCUCAGGCCCUAACAGAGGCGCAGGCCCGAUCACAAGCACCUCCACUUCCUCCUCCUGUCAAAACUCAGGCCGAGGCAUCUUCUUCUUGGACACUAUGUGCUGACACUCCAACGCAGUCCGCUCCGCAACGUUCCACGCCUUGGUUUCCGCCUUUCACUGCUGGGGAGAUAUUUCGUCCUAUCGCUUGUGAAGCUCAGAUGCCCACUCACCAGUACACAGCUCAAGUACCCCCACCUGCCAUGAGGGUCACUCCAGCCACCAUGACCUACUCAGCACCUGUGAUACAUACAAUUCCGCAAACUGAAGAGCCUAUCUUUCAUUCAGGGAAUGCAGAGGCUUACGAGGGAGUAAGCGACCUACGAGAAAAGUAUGAUGAACUACGCCGAGACGUGAAAGCUCUCCAUGAAAAAGGGAAAUUUGGGAAGACUGCGUACGACCUCUGUUUGGUACCAAGUGUGCAGGUACCUCACAAAUUCAAGAUUCCAGAUUUCGAGAAAUACAAAGGGAGUUCUUGUCCUGAGGAACAUCUAAAAAUGUAUGUGAGAAGGAUGCCUGCGUAUGCCCAAGAUGAUCAGAUUCUUAUCUACUACUUCCAAGAAAGCUUGACUGGCCCUGCUUCAAAGUGGUACACAAACCUAGACAAAACAAGGGUUCAAACUUUCUGUGACCUUUGUGAAGCUUUUGUGGAACAGUACAGUUACAAUGUAGACAUGACUCCGGACCGAAGUGAUCUCCAAGCCAUGACUCAGGGAGAUAAAGAGACGUUCAAGGAGUACGCCCAACGGUGGAGAGACACCGCUGCCCAAGUCAGCCCACGUAUUGAGGAGAAAGAGAUGACCAAGCUCUUCCUAAAAACUCUGAAUCAUUUUUAUUACAAAAAGAUGGUCGGGAGUACACCAAAGAGCUUCGCGGAGAUGGUUGGUAUGGGAGUACAGUUAGAAGAAGGAGUCCGAGAAGGACGCUUAGUAAAGAAUGCAACUCCUGCCAGUGGGACCAAGAAGACCGGGAACCAUUUCCCGAGGAAGAAAGAGCAAGAAGUCGAAUUACUUCCCGGCUUACUCAAGAAAAACCUUGUCCAAACUAGAACAGCUCCUCCUAUCCCAGAAAAACUACCAUCUUGGUAUAGACUUGACCAAACUUGUGACUUCCAUGAAGGGGGCCGUGGCCAUAACAUUGAAACUUGUUAUGCCUUUAAAAGCACAGUGCAGAGGUUGAUCAAUGAUGGAAAAAUAACUUUCACAGACUCGGCGCCAAAUAUUCAAACAAACCCAUUGCCGAAUCAUGGUGCCGCAACAGUCAACAUGAUCGAAGAUUGUCAAAAGACUCGUCCCAUUCUGAAUGUUCAACAUAUCAAGACACCCUUGGUCCCGUUACAUGCCAAGUUAUGCAAAGUCGACCUUUUUGAGCAUGAUCAUGAUCUCGGUGAAAUAUGCCUUAUGAACUCCGGAGGAUGUCAGAAAGUAAGAAAUGAUAUUCAAGGGCUUCUAGACCGAGGAGAGCUUGUGGUCGAAAGGAAGUGUGAUGAUGUGUGUGUAAUAACUCCCGAAGGGCCUUUGGAGGUAUUUUAUGACAGUCGAAAGUCAACUAUCACCCCUCUGGUGAUCUGCUUACCGGGUCCACUGCCAUAUGCUUCUGAAAAAGCCAUUCCAUACAAAUACAAUGCCACCAUGAUUGAAGAGGGUCGUGAGGUUCCAAUACCGCCUUUGUCUAGUGUGGAUAAUAUUGUUGAAGACAGUAGAGUUCUGAGAAAUGGGCGCGUUGUUCCCAUAGUAUUCCCAAAGAAGAUUGGUGCUACAGUAAACAAGGAGGUUCGGACUAAAGACGCUGGUAUCACCAAAGAAGUGGAUCAACCCAAUAGGGCUGGUACAAGUGCAGAGUUUGAUGAGAUUCUCAAGUUAAUAAAGAAGAGCGAGUACAAGGUUGUUGACCAACUGAUGCAGACUCCAUCCAAAAUAUCCAUAAUGUCUUUAUUACUAAAUUCUGAGGCCCAUAAAGAUGCAUUAAUGAAGGUCUUAGAACAAGCUUUUGUGGAUUAUGAUGUAACGGUGGGUCAGUUUGGCGGAAUAGUAGGGAACAUCACUGCAUGCAACAACUUGAGUUUCAGUGAUGAAGAGCUCCCAGCAGAAGGAAGGAACCAUAAUCGGGCGCUGCAUAUAUCUGUGAACUGUAAAACCGAUGCUUUGUCAAAUGUGCUGGUGGAUACUGGAUCAUCUUUGAAUGUGUUGUCCAAAACAACUUAUGCCCAACUCGCUUACCAAGACGCACCUUUGAGACGAAGUGGGGUAAUGGUGAAAGCUUUUGAUGGCUCGAAGAAGGAUGUCCUUGGAGAGGUGGUUCUACCUAUCACAGUUGGGCCACAAGUUUUCCAAGUUAAUUUUCAAGUCAUGGACAUUCGAGCUUCGUAUAGUUGCCUACUGGGUCGACCCUGGAUUCACGAGGCAGGGGCUGUCACAUCCACGCUGCAUCAAAAGCUGAAGUUUGUGAAGAAUGGGAAGCUAGUAACUGUAAACGGUGAAGAGGCUUUAUUGGUGAGUCAUUUGUCAUCUUUCUCUUUCAUUGGGGCAGACGAUGUCGAAGGGACACCUUUUCAAGGAUUUACUAUAGAAGAUAAGAAUACCAAGAGGAAUGAAGCCUCUAUCUCGUCUUUAAGAGAUGCUCAGAAGGGCAUACAAGCAGGGGGGUCCACAAGCUGGGGAAAGCUGAUAGAGCUUCCAGAAAACAAGCACCGAGAAGGUUUGGGUUUCUUCCCAUCUACUAGUUUGUCCACAGCAAAGAAGGGCACUUUCCACAGUUCGGGCUUUAUCCAUGCAAUCAUUGAAGAUGAUCCUGAAAGUGUGCCACGAGGUCUUAUAACGCCAGGAGUAUCCAGCCACAAUUGGGUUGCUGCGGAGGAAGAAGAGAAUGAAGAGAUCCCUGACGAAAUCUCUCGACUACUCGAACAAGAGAGGAAGACCAUUCAGCCUUAUGGGGACGAACUAGAAGUGAUUAACUUGGGCACCAAAGAAGACAAGAAAGAAAUCAAGGUUGGGGCAUCGCUCGAAACAAGUGUUAAAAAGCAAGUGAUAGAGCUCCUCAAAGAAUAUGUUGAUGUGUUUGCCUGGUCCUACCAAGAUAUGCCGGGUCUAGACACUGAUAUUGUGGUACAUCACCUACCUUUGAAACCUGAGUGUCCGCCAGUCAAACAAAAGUUGAGAAGAACACGUCCUGACAUGGCUCUCAAAAUCAAAGAAGAAGUACAGAAACAGAUCGACGCUGGUUUCCUCAUCACAUCAAAUUACCCCCAAUGGUUAGCUAACAUAGUGCCUGUUCCAAAGAAAGAUGGUAAGGUCAGAAUGUGUGUUGACUACCGUGAUUUAAACAAAGCUAGCCCGAAAGACGACUUUCCUUUACCUCAUAUUGACGUGUUGGUUGACAGUACUGCAAAGUCUAAAGUCUUCUCAUUCAUGGAUGGAUUCUCCGGAGCUACUUAUCAGAGGGGUAUGACUACUCUUUUCCACGAUAUGAUACAUGAAGAGAUUGAGGUCUAUGUGGAUGAUAUGAUAGUCAAGUCGAUUACUGAAGAAGACCAUGUCAAGUAUCUACAGAAGAUGUUCCAGCGCCUGAGGAAGUACAAACUUCGUCUAAAUCCCAACAAAUGCACUUUUGGUGUUAGAUUCGGAAAGCUUCUAGGCUUCAUCGUCAGCCAAAAAGGCAUCGAAGUAGAUCCUGACAAAGUUAAAGCCAUCAGAGAGAUGCCUGCUCCGAGAACAGAAAAAGAAGUAAGGGGUUUUCUUGGACGACUAAAUUACAUCUCCCGGUUCAUUUCUCAUAUGACUGCAACUUGUGGGCCGAUAUUCAAACUACUCCGCAAAGAACAAGGUAUUGCGUGGACCGAAGAUUGCCAGAAGGCUUUUGACAGCAUAAAGAAGUACUUGCUAGAACCACCGAUUCUCAUCCCUCCAGUUGAAGGAAGACCUUUGAUCAUGUACCUAACGGUGUUAGAAAAUUCCAUGGGUUGUGUGCUCGGACAACAAGAUGAAACCGGAAGAAAAGAGCACGCCAUUUAUUAUUUAAGCAAGAAGUUUACUGAAUGUGAAUCUCGCUACUCCAUGCUCGAGAAGACAUGUUGUGCUCUAGCCUGGGCUGCCAAGCGCCUCCGUCAUUAUAUGAUUAAUCACACUACUUGGCUGGUAUCUAAAAUGGAUCCAAUCAAGUACAUAUUUGAGAAGCCCGCUUUGACAGGAAGGAUUGCACGGUGGCAGAUGCUACUAUCUGAAUAUGAUAUCGAGUACCGUUCCCAGAAGGCAAUUAAAGGCAGUAUUCUUGCUGAUCACUUGGCUCACCAACCGCUUGAAGACUAUCAGCCUAUCAAGUUUAACUUUCCUGAUGAAGAGAUUAUGUAUCUAAAGAUGAAAGAUUGCGACGAGCCACUAUUCGGAGAAGGUCCUGAUCCAGAUUCGGUGUGGGGUUUGAUAUUUGAUGGGGCUGUCAAUGUAUACGGCAACGGCAUAGGGGCAGUACUCCUUACUCCUAAGGGUACUCACAUCCCUUUCACAGCAAGACUCCGGUUUGACUGCACGAACAACAUCGCUGAAUAUGAAGCCUGCAUCAUGGGUAUUGAAGAAGCCAUUGAUCUAAGAAUCAAGAACAUCGAAAUAUAUGGAGAUUCAGCUCUUGUAAUCAACCAGAUCAAAGGAAAAUGGGAAACUCUUCACGCAGGACUAAUACCUUAUCGAGACUAUGCAAGACGUUUAUUGACCUUCUUCAACAAAGUGGAAUUACAUCAUAUCCCUCGGGAUGAGAAUCAGAUGGCUGAUGCCUUGGCUACUUUGUCUUCAAUGAUCAAGGUGAAUCAUCACAAUGACGUGCCACUAAUCAGUGUCAAAUUCCUUGAUAGACCCGCUUAUGUGUUUGCCGCUGAAGCAGUUUUCGACGAUAAACCUUGGUUUCAUGAUAUUAAGGUGUUUCUCCAAACUCGAGAGUAUCCUCCUGGAGCAUCCAACAAAGAUAAAAAGACUCUCAGAAGAUUAUCUAGUAAUUUCUUCCUGAAUGGGGAUAUCUUGUACAAAAGAAACUUUGACACAGUCUUGCUCAGAUGUGUAGACAAAUAUGAAGCUGAUUUAUUGAUACAUGAAAUACACGAAGGAUCCUUCGGAAUUCAUCCUAAUGGGCACACAAUGGCUAAAAAGAUAUUGCGAGCAGGCUACUACUGGAUGACAAUGGAAUCAGAUUGCUACAAGCAUACCAGAAAGUGUCACAAGUGUCAGAUAUACGCCGACAAGAUUCAUGUGCCGCCAACUACACUCAAUUUACUUUCCUCUCCGUGGCCUUUCUCUAUGUGGGGCAUUGACACGAUCGGAAGGAUUGAGCCCAAAGCUUCGAAUGGACACCGUUUCAUCCUAGUGGCUAUUGACUACUUCACUAAGUGGGUUGAGGCCGCAUCGUAUGCUAAUGUGACCAAGCAAGUGGUGGUCAAAUUUAUCAAGAAUCAUAUCAUUUGUCGUUAUGGCAUCCCCAACCGGAUCAUCACCGACAACGGAACGAAUCUAAACAACAAGAUGAUGAAAGAAUUGUGUAAUGAUUUCAAGAUCGAGCACCAUAACUCUUCACCUUACAGACCUCAAAUGAAUGGGGCAACUCCUUUCUCCCUGGUAUAUGGCAUGGAGGCAGUACUUCCUGUAGAAGUCGAAAUUCCAUCAUUGAGAGUCCUAAUGGAGGCUGACUUAUCAGAAGCUGAAUGGGUUCAGAAUAGAUACGACCAGUUGAAUCUAAUUGAAGAAAAGCGCAUGACAGCCCUAUGUCACGGACAAUUAUAUCAAAAAAGGAUGAAACAGGCCUUUGACAAGAAAGUUCGUCCCCGUGAGUUUAAAGAAGGUGAUCUUGUGCUCAAAAAGAUUUUCUCUUUCCAACCAGACUCCCGAGGCAAGUGGGCUCCUAAUUAUGAAGGUCCGUAUGUUGUUAAAAAAGCCUUCUCAGGUGGUGCCAUGACUCUACAAACCAUGGACGGUGAAGAACUUCCACGACCUGUACAGCUUGGCACUCGGGAGUAA